CACAAUGAAGUUUAUAAUUUGUUUUGCACUUACUUUGGCGUUCACCUCGGCCUUUGUGGUACCAGAAUAUGGCCCUGGUGGUCGAAUUACUAAAGGCGAAACUGCAAAACCCGAUCAGUUUCCUUAUCAAGUUGGACUACAAUUUUAUAACGGAACUGAAAACAAUGGCUGGUGCGGUGGUUCCAUAAUUAGCAACAACUGGAUAUUGACUGCGGCUCACUGUACCGUUGGUUCCACAUCGGUCACUGUCUAUCUAGGUAGCAAUGUACGCGCAAAUCCCAGGGUUACACGUACAGCCCAGCAAGCGGACAUCAUCGCUCAUCCUGGCUUUAACUUCCAAAGUUUGCAACAUGAUCUGGCUGUAAUCAAAAUUGACCCAAUAGAAUAUGCCGAAGAUAUUCAACGUGUACGCUUGCCUACUAAACCUUGUUUGUAUUCUAAUCUCGUGGGUGAACGCGCCAUCAUUGCUGGUUGGGGACUCGAUUCGGCUGGUACACAACCCACAAAUUUACAGUAUGCCGAGCUAAAUAUAAUCUCCAAUGCGUUGUGCCGGAAAACUUUCAAUCAAUAUAUUGAUCCAACUAAAAUUUGUGUAGCUACACAAAAUGGCGAAUCAACUUGUGAUGGUGAUUCUGGUGGUCCUCUAGUUUUGGCUUCGUCUCGCGUGCAAAUCGGUAUUGUGUCAUUCGGGUCUUCGCUGGGUUGCAGUUCUCCAGCACCGGAUGUAUUCACCCGUGUAACUAGUUACAUGGACUGGAUUAAGGAGACCACUGGUGUCAGUGAUUAGAAAAUAUUUCUGUACUGCUUGAUAUACAAAUGUAUGUUGAAUUUUCGUACGUAAUUAAAUCAAAUUUGUAUGAAUAAAAGUAAAUAUAUUUAUUGAGUAAAUA